AAAAAUCUCAUCAUGGAGCUGUUCCUUGAAUUCUCCUUGACCCUUUUCUUCUCCUUCCUCUUCUCCUUCAUCGUCUCCAAGCUCCUCUCCGUUUCCUCUUCCACUUUUACGGGCUCCGGUGACGAUUACCCAGGAGGUGCUUUCAAUUGCGUCAAACUCAAGCGCAAUAGGAUAAGGACCAGGAAUGUCCGCUCCUCCAAACCGGAGAAAACAGUUGGUUUUGCUGCAGAAUUCGUUCAAGUAGAGGAAUUCAGCAGAUUCAGCUACAGAGAUAAUGGCAGAGGUCUUGCAUCACCGACAAACAAAGAACCGAGGGCAGAGGAGUUCAGCGAGCGGGGGAGUUUGGAUUGCGACGAAAUUGAGAUGUUGGAUUUGGGCGGGGCGGUCGCGUUGGAAUGUGAAAUUGUUGAGGUUUCAGAGUGCGGAGACGAUUUGGUGGAGGUGGGUUGGGUGAAGAAUGCAGGUAUGGUGUUUGAUGAAUGGCAAGGGGUGGAGAGAAGUGAGUUGGAGCGGCUUUUCGGUGCUGCUGUCGCUUAUGUUGGCUCUACCCUCGCUGCUGCUAAUUAUUCGCAUCCGCGAAACGAGUUGAAGUUGCAGCUUUAUGGGCUUCACAAGAUCGCCAUUGAUGGCCCCUGCCAUGCUCCCCGGCCCAUGGCCUUGAAGGUUUCUGCUCGUGCAAAGUGGAAUUCAUGGCAGCAACUGGGAGACAUCAACCGAGACGAAGCUAUGGAGCAGUACAUCAACCUCCUCUCGAGCCACAUUCCAGAAUGGAGGAAAACCCUUCUUCCGGUUAAGUCUUAAUUACUAAAAACACCAUUUUUUUUAAUUUUUAUUUUUAACUCGAGCAGUUUCAAUAGAGAAAGGACACUUGCAACUUGCAAGUAGUCAUUUAGAGUCUGGAAUCUACAGAAGGUUUUCCAAGAUUGGGAGGUUCAGUUAGUUUAAUAAGUGAAUGAGAAGGGGAUGGCUGGAACCUAGCUAACCGUGCAAAUACCAGUUGUUAAUUUCCUCAUUCUCUAUUCUUUGUAAAGUUGUGUAUACAGUAAAGAUUUUCACGUUCAUAGAAUUGAAUGCAGAAACAUUUGGUUUCCUAGAGAGUAGAGACAAGGGAUGAAGAUC